UCCUCUCUUUCUGAGUUCCAACCCCAGAUUCUAUCAUCCUCCUCUUUCUCACAAUAUUUGUAAUUUCAAAACUCAAAAAACCCCUCGAAUGUGCAAACUUCCUCAUCGUUCCUCUCUCGUCUUGCUAGCCUCCACAAUUCCUUAUUCUUGUAACCAAACACGUCCUCUCUGUUUCUCUUAAUAAAACCUAAUAUUUUAUCCACACUCCCCAUCUUUCCGCCAUUUUUUUUAUACCCAAUCUUGGCUUCUGGCAUUUGCUAAUUGGUCCUUCUUCGUCCUACCAACUAUUCCUAUACUUUUGGUUAGCCGACAGACCAAUACGUCCGUUUCAAACUUUCUUCUUAGGUUUUAUAAUUUAAAGCCAAGCCUAAUUUUUAUCACUGAUUUUCUUCUUCUUGUUUUUCAAUCGUCUAGGGUUUGUAUUCUUUUCUCUGUAGAUUCAAUUUGUUACAAUUUACAAUUCUGUAUUUUUCUUUAGGUAAUACAAUAGUCAAAUGUUUGGUAGCAUUACUUUAGAAAACUUUUCAAAGACACUCAAGUAAUUUCCAAGUUUCUUUGUCUGGCAACAUUAGAACUGUAAUCAUUUGAAUACCAACAACUUCGUUUAAUCCAGUAAAACAUUAUCAAUUAUUUAUUGUAUUACUUGUUGCGGGUUUAAAUCUGUUUGCCUUGCUGUUGCGAGCGGUGGUGGCAUUUUGGGUUAAGUUUGGCUGAGAGAAAAUCGUAGGGAUUGCAUGGGAGAGCAUGAAGGGUGGACGGAGCCACCAAGCGGGCUAUUAUUAAAUGGUUUGUUGCCCAAUGAGGCGGCUUCAGCAAUCCGUGUUAUUGACUCAGAGCGAUGGUCGAAGGCCGAAGAGAGAAUUACUGAGCUUAUUGACUGCAUUAAGCCCAACCCUAUUUCUGAGCGCCGCCGUGCGGUUGCAUCCUAUGUGGAGGGUCUCAUAGUCAAAUGCUUCCCUUGUAAGGUUUUUACUUUUGGGUCAGUUCCCCUUAAGACAUAUUUGCCUGACGGGGACAUUGACUUAACGGCCUUCAGUAAAAAUGAACAUUUGAAAGACACAUGGGCCCAUCAGGUUCGUGAUAUGUUGGAGAAUGAGGAAAAAAAUGAGCAUGCUGAAUUCCAUGUGAAGGAGGUUCAAUACAUUCAGGCAGAAGUUAAAAUAAUAAAGUGUCUUGUGGAAAAUAUUGUGGUGGACAUAUCGUUUAAACAGCUUGGAGGGUUAUGCACCCUUUGUUUCCUUGAAGAGGUGAAUCACGAUCAUCUAUUCAAGCGUAGUAUUAUAUUGAUAAAAGCUUGGUGUUACUAUGAGAGCCGUAUAUUGGGUGCUCACCACGGACUCAUAUCAACUUAUGCAUUGGAGACCUUGGUUCUUUACAUAUUUCAUGUUUUCAACAAUUCUUUUUCUGGACCACUCGAGGUCCUUUUUCGUUUUCUAGAGUUCUUUAGUAAGUUUGACUGGGAUAAUUUUUGUCUUAGCCUGUGGGGUCCUGUACCCAUCAGUUCGCUUCCAGAUGUAACAGCAGAACCACCUCGAAAAGAUGGCGGAGUGUUACCACUUAGCAAGUUAUUUCUUAGCAUUACAUAUGCUGUUUGUCCUGUUGGGCUAGAAAAUCCGAGUCAACCUUUCGUUUCAAAACAUUUUAAUGUGAUUGAUCCUCUGCGUGAAAACAACAACCUAGGACGGAGUGUUAGUAAAGGUAACUUCUUUAGGAUACGCAGUGCAUUCGCAUUUGGGGCUAAAAGGUUGGCGAGGUUACUUGAUUGCCCCAAAGAGGAUCUACAUUAUGAAGUAAAUCAGUUUUUUAUGAACACAUGGGACAGACAUGGCAGUGGCCAUCGUCCUGAUGCGCCAAGGAAUGACUUGUGGCAGUUGAGGUUAAAAAAUCUUAACCAUCAAGUUGAGUCCGAGAAUCUUCAUACCAAUUCCAAUUCCAGUGGUCAAAGAAAUGAGGUUUCAUAUGGUUGUGAAACUCGAGUGGACAGGUCACAAGAAUCUUUUGGUGCUUCCUCUCAGUUUGAGGAAAUUCCCUCUGAAAGCACUUCUAGAAGCAGUUAUGUCUCUACAGUUUCUCAUGCACAACCCCAAAAGAAUCAUGGUAACUUGAACAACACCAGGACCUCUGAUCAGACUAGAAGGGAUAGCGAUUCCAAUCAGAAUGCGCAGAAUGAUAAAAGUCUCAGAAGUUUCAAGCCUGAUACCUUGGCUAGUGACAUUAGCAGUAGGUAUCUCUUUGCAAGGACACGCUCUAGCCCUGAGCUUACAUACACAUAUGGUGAAAUUUCUACCCAAGGAAGACUUAAAAAAGCCUCAGAAAGUGGAAAAGGCCAACUUGCUUCUUUAAGGCUAGACAAUAGUAGGAGAAAGAAUUCGGAAUCUGAUAAUUUGGUGAAUCACGACAUUAGAUCUUCAACUGAUGAUCCAUUAUCUUUUGGCCACACCUCAUCCCGUCAAUGUCUGGAUGCCCCUGCUGAUUCAAACAGUGUUUUGAAUAGUUACAAUGAUGAUUUGGUCUUGGGUGCCAUGGGUGAUGAAUGUUCUUCUGGAGUGGGCACACAAGGGAUGCAACAGGAAGAGCAAGAUCUUGUGAACAUGAUGGCAAAUUCUGCUCAUAAUUUUAAUGGACAGGUCCAUUUUCCAAUGAAUAUGGCCUCUGGUCACCUACCUCCUGCAUUCCCACCUUCUGUUCUAGCUUCAAUGGGAUAUUCUCAGAGAAAUCUAAGUGGAAUGUUUCCCAAUAAUCCCUUGAUUGAGACUCAAUCUGGUGUAAAUAUGCAGUCUCCCCAAAGUUUGGUCUCUGCACACAUGAAUCAUUAUUUUCCUGGCCUGGGAUUGGCAUCAAAUCCAGAAGAUUCACUUGAACUUGGUAGUGAGAAUUUUGGUCCUUCAGAUUUGAACCCUGGGGAAGCCGAGCAGGAUCACUGGCAUGAGCUGGAAUGGGAUUCCUCUGGUGGGUUCAAUGUUGAUAAUGGAAACUUUGAGCUGGUUCAGUCAGAUGAUAAGCAACAAUCAACUUCUGCUGGUUAUAACUUUGUCCCUUCAUCUCGAAUAGGUGGCCCUGGCACUUCUAGAAGAACUUCACAUAAAGUCACUAAAGAAGCUCGAGGGUCAAUAAGGGAAGAUCAUGCUGAUGCUUUUCAUCAUCAAGAUAAUUGUGGUAAUGAGGUUCACUUUGAUGAUAGAUCCACAAGUUUGAGGUCUACGCUUGCUUCACAAACAAGUUCUCAGAGAAGUAAAGCUAAUUCUGAGAGUUCUUGGGAAGGAUCAUCAGUAAAGGCUUCAAAGUCAGCUAGGGAAAAAAGGGGUCGAAAAACAGCUUCUACCACUUCUUUUGGAAAAGGUAAGAGUGUAUCUGAACAUUCAUCUGUUCAGGCGGAUGAAGAUAGCAGAGAUUGGAAUCGGUCACCAACCGUGGACACUGAAAUGGCUGAUAGAAGCACAGGAACUCAAGCUGGUGGUUCUUUGCAUGUUUCAAGGCAUCAAAUAGCAGGAUCCGAAGAAGCUCAAACAAGUGGAUCAGAUUCGAUUAUUCCCAUUGGUUCAAUGCUCUUUGGCCCUGGUUCACAACAGAGAGCUAUAGACAAUUCAGGGGUUGUUCCUCCCUACACAUUUUAUCCCACUGGGCCACCAGUUCCUCUUUUUCUUACAAUGCUUCCAGUUCCAUUUUGCAAUUACCAAACUGAGACUGGAACUGUUGAUGCAUCAGUAAGUCAUUUUAGUGGGGACAACGGACUGGAUAACAGUGAUUCUGGUCAAAACUUUGAUUUGUCUGAGGGACUUGACCAGUCUGAGGUGUUGAGUACUUCUAACUCUAUGAGAAGGUCUGAUGCUGUUGAGCCAUCAGAGCGCAAGUCUGACAUUCUUAACAGCGACUUUCUUAGCCAUUGGCAAAAUUUACAAUAUGGUCGGUUUUGCCAAAACCCACGGCUAUCUCCACCUUUCAUUUAUCCUUCACCCUUUAUGGUGCCACCUGCCUAUUUACAAGGCAGACUACCAUGGGAUGGUCCUGGAAGACCCCUUUCGGCCAACAUGAAUCUUUUUACUCAACUUAUGGGUUAUGGUUCUCACCUUGUUCCUGUUGCUCCUAUCCAAUCUUCUUCUAAUAGGCCUGCUGGUGGUUACCAGCGUUAUAACGAUGAAAUGCCAAGAUAUCGUAGCGGGACUGGGACCUACCUGCCAAAUCCUAAGGUUUCUCUAAGGGACCGGCAUUCGUCAGGUACCAGAAGGGGGAAUUAUAGCCACGACAGAGGUGACCACCAUGGUGAAAGAGAAGGAAACUGGAAUGUCAAUUCCAAAUCACGAGCAUCUGGGCGUAGCCAUAAUCGUAGCCAAACUGAUAAAUCAAGCCCACGGCCAGACCGGUUAGCUACAACUGAGAGUCGAGCUGAUAGGCUUUGGGGCUCACAUAGACAUGAUAACUUCCAUUCAUACCAAUCUCAAAAUGGUCCAUUUCACUCAAAUUCCACACAGGGUGGCUCUGCCAACGUUGCAUAUGGCAUGUAUCCACUCUCAACCAUGAACCCCAAUGGAGCAUCUCUGAAUGGACCAGCAUUUCCGCCUGUUGUCAUGCUGUAUCCUUAUGAUCAUAAUGCUGCUUAUGGUUCUGCUGAACAGCUUGAGUUUGGGUCUCUUGGACCAGUGGGUCUCUCUGGCCCAAAUGAAGUAUCACAGAUAAGUGAGGGAAGUAGAUCAAGUGGGACAUUUGAAGAGCAGAGGUUUCAUGGAAGCUCAGGUCAACAGUCUUCAUCAGAUCAGCCUUCUCCCCACAUCCAAAGGGGGCUUUGAUUUUAUUGCCUGAUCAGUCACCCUAAGAAAUUACCAGUUGAAGGAUGAGGAUUUCCCUCUUGCAUUUCCAAACCGGGGAGAGAACAAUGGUGAGGAAAGUUAUAAUGGGAAACCCUCCCAUUACCAAGUGUUUUUGCUUUCUCCUCACUCAUAAAAAAGGAGAUUUUAGUUAUGAUGUGAUUUUAUCUGAUGAUUUCUCCUGGAACAUGCUCUUCCACCUUGUGGCUUGUUUGUACACUCGGGAGCUCAAUUUUCUAAUUUACCCUGUUUUGAAGGAUGCAACAGACUGACGUUGAAGUGGGAUGCAAGGACUCCGUAAUCAGGCUUUCAUUUUAGGAUACCACACAUUGUAACUCUGAUCAAGUAUAAUACAGUCGGGAUUAGAAUUUUAGGGUUUCGGCAUGUUAUAAAAUUUGUUCUGUCAUGAUUUCUUUCAAAGAAUGUAGUAGCAUCUUGAUUCAUAAAGCUCAGCGUACAAGUUCUCAACUCUAAACUUCUGUUUAAGAAGUUACGUAGCCAAAAAUAUAAAAGAUUACAUAAGAGAAA